CUUCAACUGAUAUCUCGCAUCUUUAUUAUAGUCGUCAAACCUACACACUCGUUUCACACCAACCUAUACCGACUUUAAUCGAUCAAAAUGCGUUUCUCCACCAUCGCUGCGUUUGUGACUUCGCUCGCCGUCGUCUCCGCUCAGACUCCUGACUUGUCGUCUGUCCCUGACUGCGCUGUUGCCUGCCUUGUCGCCGCCAUCCCCAGCUCCGGCUGCGGUGUCACCGACGUAACAUGCCAGUGCACCACCGGCCAACAGGCCAUCACCAGCUCGCUGGAGUCCUGCAUACCCACCCGCUGCUCGGCUGACGACGUUGCCAAGGUUGCCCCUGCCCUCGCUAGCGUCUGCAGUGCUGCCGGUUUCUCCGUUGCCGUCCCGUCAUCCCUCGCAGCGACCUCCACUGCUGCAUCCGCUGCUAGCUCCGCUGCGUCGGUCGUCUCCUCUGCUGCCGGUUCUGUUACCGGCGCAGCCAGCUCCGUCGCCGCCUCUGCUUCUUCCCGCGCUGCUUCGGCUGCCUCCUCUGCCCCUGCCCAGAGCACUGGUGGCGCUGCUGCCAACGUUGCCGGUCUUGGUGCCGUUGCCCUCGGCAUGUUCGCUGCUAUCUUGUAAGCGGUGAUGAGUGAGGGUAGGGGGGAGUGAAGUGGUGACGAAUGGGAAAGAAAUGCACCGAGGAAUUUCAUGCCUGUGUGCCUGGCCCGUGCUGGUGUUGAAGUACCGUACAUUACAUGACAGACUGAACAUACCAUUAUAAUAUGUAUUGCCUGCUUCCUGCUGUCCUAUUUUAGGGACCUGUCUGCUAUUCAUGGAGGGUAAUCGGUCAUUGAAGCGGUGUUGAAUCACCCUCAUUGAAAAGCUGACAUGCCCAAAUGACAGGACAGCAUGCGGUGAUAUACACGUAACACCCGUUU